AUGUUGGUCAUGAGGAAAUGGAACAAAUUUGGCCAUUGGUGGUUUUGGUAAGUUUUGCUGGUGUUCAGCAUUUCAUCAACAUUGUUUUGACUAAUAACAAAGCAGCAAAGACAAAAGCUAUCAUAGCCUAUGGUAAAAAACGUGUAGUCCAUUACAAUUCUGUUGUCAGUUGUCGUAAAGCUGUUCCUCAGCGUUAACCUUAGCCUAAACCUGAAAACAGCCGAUAUUUUGCGACGCCACCACUCGUUUCUCAGCGAAAUGUCGUCUUAGAAACUAGCGCAAAAAUUCCAUACUGAUGACGUGUCAUUACUCAGAUCAGAGCAGUGCUUCUGAUUGGUCGUGCCGCGAGGGAAAUUUGCUUCAGCCAAUCCGAAGCACUACUCAUAUCUGGGUAGUGACACGUCAUCAGUAUGGAAUUUCUCCGCUCGUUUCUGGGCUCAUUUCGCGGGGAAACUAAUGGCGGCUUUACGAACGCGGUUGUUUUCUCAGGUUACACUUCCCUUCUUCUUACUGUUUCCAACAUGUUCUUAAAGUCAUUGGGCUAAGGUGGCUAGAUUGAGCUUGGAACAAGGUAAUACUUUCCUAUUUUUUUCCGUUGCAGCGUUCAGGCGGCUUUCUACGUACUGUUUCUACUAGUGUUGUCCUACGCGCUUAUUUACGGCUCAACAAGAGAAGAUCCAGCUCAAUACAGUGGAAAAGCAGACGGUCUUCGACUGUUUUGCGAAAUUAUCACCAUCAUUUUUCUAAUGUUCUACUUUUUCGAGGAAGUCAAUCAAGCGGAAAGGUGAGUUCUCAAAAUUGUAAGCGUACCCCCUUUUUCGAUUCCAAAUGACGAAAGGAUUAAACUAUAUUAAGAUGUGGAAGGAAAAAAUUGAAUAGAAAGGUUAUUAAAUUACAGUCGAACUUAAACAAGCGGACACCUCAGAUGGGCGGUGAACACCUCCCUGAAACGGACGACACUUGUUCAUGUUCCCAACCGCUUACAAACACAGCUUCGGCUUUAUUUGUAUCCCCCAAGCUGACACCCACCAUAAGUGCGAACAUGUUCAUGGUCCCGGCCACUAUAAGCACUAAUUUCUAAACUCCCUUAAGGGGGGCGCGGGGUUGGGGGCGCGGGGGAGGACACCUCCCUUAAGCGAACACUUUUUCUGGGCCCAGAGGGUGACUACUUACCGCAGGUUCGACCGUACAUUGUCUUCAGUUUUGGUAGGAAGGAUGCAACGUAAAAAGCCGUUAUCACGUCUUAUUGUUCCCGGUCCUUUCCGUUUUUCUAAGGGACAAGUGAUUUAAAGCUUUGGUCUUCAUAAUAAAGUGCGUAAGACAAGAUGACUUCUAGUAACCUCUGUAAUAACGAGACAUUUGUUGUGAUAAGAUUAAGUGUUAACCUGACCCUUGUUUAGGGCAAACUACGCGGCGGAGACACGCUUAGCUGAUAACAGUAUUGAUUUACUUUUGUGUUUACUUUGUCCAGAGAAUGGAACUCUUAUUUCAAGGAUCCCUACAACUAUUUUGAUUGGCUGGGGCUUGUGUUGAUGUUCCUUGUCAUUCCUCUACGGUUUGCUGAAGUCCAGUCUCAAUGGAGUCUCGCUGGACUCGGCUACUUGUUCAAUUUUCUCAGGCUCUUUAAGUUCUCCUGUGUUUCAAGGUAAUGCAUUUUGUUGGAACAGCGUAUUCAAACGCGCACUAAUACAUAUUGUAGCAAUACUUUUUGGUGCUUUGUGCCACGGAAAGUAGGGUAGGAUCUGCCAACGUGGUAUUCCUGUGAUUUACUUUCUCAAGGUAGUAAACUGUUCCUUUUUUGGCAGAACCACAGGCCUCUACACGAAGACUCUCGCCAAGAUAAUUUACAGAGACAUCACUCGCUUCAGUGUGGUAUUCCUUAUCGUUUGUAUUGGAUUCUGUGGAGCUAUGUUCAUGGCGCUGAAAGCCACAGACAAACAAGAUUUGUUCACGUAAGAUGCUUCUCUAUUGUCAGGGUUCUAUCUAGGGUAAUUGAGGGAUAGAAGCUUCCCCCCCAAAAUGCCCAGCUUCCCCCCCAAAAAUGUUGUUAUUAUUACGGUAUAUAGGUAACUCUACUGGAAAGAUCAUCCAAACGCGACGAGGUCCUUGCACCUUCUGUAACAUUUCUCAAAAUUGUGUCUCAAAAUGCACCAGAUUGCAUCUCAGCUCAUAUUCAUUUUAAAAAAUUUCCGAGGGGGCUCACCCCGGACCCUCCUAGGAAGAUUGUUGCCUUCGGCCACUCGGAGCUUCUUCCCCAAACGAUAAAUGCUAGAUAGAACCCUGAUUGUAAUCACAACAUGAAGCACAUUAAUUCCGUUGGUGGGGCUAUAGAGGCGUUGAUCAAGAGUUUUGACACCGUCAUCCUAUUGGUGGUGUUAUAUUGGAGUGAGUGGAUAAUUCUGUCCGGGGAAUUCUUCAGAAUCGGGCCUUCUCACUUGCUACUGAGGUAAUCGGUUAGACUUGAUGCCUUAGUACUCCAGGGGUAGUGGCAAUGCUCAAAAUGUAAUGUAAGGCGAAACCCUUCUCAUCCUACCUUGAAACUCAGUUAACCUUUUACAGUCCUAUAUUUUCUACUAUUCUAAUUGACAAAGGCGUCAACGGACGCGAGUGUCAAAGCUCAGCGCUAAGGGAUGGGGGACUGGAUUUUUUUGCUUGCUCGCCCGUUCCUUGACCCCACUCCCUGGUGCUUUGGGCUUACGCUCGCUUUGUUUUGUUUGUCCCCGUUUGCGUCAAAAAGUGGAGAGACUGUGAACAAUCUUGAGAAGCACGUGACGUCCUUCUGCCAUGGAGAUCAUUUCUGGCUUGACGUUUAUGUUUGCAGGUACACUGAUCAUGUAUUUUACUUUUCUUACUUUUUCAAGGAAUUACUUCUGGUUGAUGCUGGCCGCUGUAAGAGCUCUUGUUGAACAGCAACCCGCAGAAGAAGACUAUUCUAAGUUCAGGUAAACAAUAGGAGGGAAUCGACCUUCCACUACAUUUUGAAUUUUAUGUAGAGUGUAUACGCUCGUUAUCUAGCUUUACUAGAGUAUACGCUCGUUAUCUAGCUUUACUAGAGUAUACGCUCGUUAUCUAGCUUUACUAGAGUAUACGCUCGUUAUCUAUCUUUACUAGAGUAUACGCUCAUUUUCUAGCUUUAUUAGAGCAUACGCUCGUUAUCUAGCUUAACUUUAUUCGUACGAACAUGUUAAUANUACGCUCGUUAUCUAGCUUAACUUUAUUCGUACGAACAUGUUAAUACACAAAAGAGAAACAACCGUGCACGGCUUUGAGAUUCGAGAGACUUUUUUGUGUCAUUGUAACACCCACUGUAAUAUUUUCUAUAUUUUCUUUUUUUUUUUUUGUUCACAGCUGGCUGGCAAUCCUUAUUCUUCUUGCCUACAUGGCCAUGGUUAUUGUUAUUCUUCUCAAUGUUCUCAUCGCUCAGCUUAGUUUCACUUACAGUGAAGCUAAGAAGAACGCCAAGCUGCAGUACGCUGUCGAUAGAAUGAUCAUCAUCACUCGCUUGGAGCACAGCAGAUUUGCUAGAUUUGUAAGUUUCUACGUCCUUGAGGGUAACAAAGGGCUUAUAAUUUAACCGGCGCUCUUUCAUAACUAACCGCCCAGUGAAUGACGACGCGCAACCUUUUGUAAAGAUCCUUAUUUCUCUUUUUCUGUAUUAAUUUAUUGUAUCGCGGCGUUGCCCAAUCUCGUUUGCCCCGAACCGAGGAACGUCGUAAAGGCAGUGUACAAAUUGACUACGUUGUCUGUCCUCCUCUUUUUGCUGUAGAAUCUCCGAGUCAAAUAUUACCAAGAAGGCGAUCGAGUCAGCGAAACUAUGCUCGCUAAAGGUAGGUUAAAAUUAACAGAUCGCUCAUUUUUCGUCUUUUUUAGCACCAGUGUAAUUUCGAUAUGAAGUUGGAAUAAGAACUUUCGGAAAAAGCGUAGCAUGAAAAAGUGCUGUGUAUGUUAUUACUAAUCUUAAAGGAGAGUCAUAGAAUGAAUUUGUGACUGGAUAGAACUGAAAUAAAGUGAGAAGAAACACUUGCUUUAAUUCUCGGAAUCCUGCUUGUGAAGUGAGAGGCCAUGAUUAGAAAAUGAGAGGCCAUUUCAGUAAGCAGUCGAAUUCAUUAAAGCGAAAAACAAAAGGGGGCUCGCAUACCGGCCGGAUAAGAGAAGCGAAACCCAUCUUACCUCGCUCACUUUCUUUUCCGCUCUUUUCAGCGCCCGCGCGUCUUAUGCGGUAAUAACACGAAAUGGGCGCUGAGAAGGAGCAUGUAGGUAUGUGGGACUUCGCGUCAUUAUGAGUGGUAUUUAUUUUUUUGCUUCGUUUUUAUAUGUGUAGAGAUGCUAGAGUAUAGUGAUGAGCCAAGUCCAUGGGAAUCAAUGGAGGACAAACUUACGUUAAUCAGGUAGGCAUACAAACGAGAGGGUUCCAGUGAAAUGCGCUUUUGGUUACUGUUACACUUUUCCCUCUCAGCCUCGGACGUUCGUGAGGGAGGACUGAAGUCAAACAUGUGACAAAUACCUAAAAGCCUUUACCUAGGGGUAGAGAAGCUCAGGUUUUUAGUUGAAAGAAUCGUGUUUUGGAACCGUUGCUUCUGCGAGAACUACUGAAUUGAAAAAGAAAAUCGGGGCAACCAUAUCCUCGCAAGCGUACAGGCAGCUGUCAGCAAGCUGUUAAAUUGUUACCAGCUGGCAUUUGUAUCCCUUUAAUUGUUUUUCUUUUUAUUUUCAGGGACCUGAUGCGAAAAGUGGUCCGAAAAGUGGCGGAAAAGAGCGAGUGA